UGUUCGCCUGCUGCUAACAUUUAUCGUCAGUUAGUCCUCCUUUCUUGUCUUCGGAUAUCAUGGCCUCAGCAAUGGUCAGUACAAAAGUAAAGGUAUAUGGAUACGCUAAACGUAACAAAGCAUCUGCUGCUGUACCGCUGGAAAUCGACUCUGACCCGGACUUCAAUCCCGGAGUAUAUAUUUCUGAAGAGCCCAAGAAGAAGAGGACUAAGCAAGCCAGUCACCCCGGGAGUUCCAGAGGAAAGAAACGACAGCACGACUCAGAUGAUGACUAUAAUGUCCCAACGGCUCACAAAAGAUACCGACCUGACGUGAAGGGCGAGAAUCCAUUACUCGAGUUCUUCAAUGAUACUGAAGAGCUCGGCCUUCAUUCUGCGUCUGAGGAUGAGACCGACGGCGAAGAGGAGGAGGAGGAAGGAGAUGAUGAUGAUGAUGAUGAAGGAGAAGAAGAAGAUGAGGAGGAGGAGGAGGAAAACCAAGAAGAACUAGAUGAUGAUGCACCUGUCAUUCUAACGUCUAUGAUUGCAUUUACUCGAAAGACACAGCCUGAGAGACCUCCGCAACCGAUGGUGGAGGACUCGGCUACAGAAUCAGAUACAGAUGAAGAUGUAAUACCAGUGCCUCCAUCUCAGCCAUCAACAUCGAAGCCAACACCAGAAGAUGAUUCAGUGACAGAGUCUGAUACAGAGGACGAAAGCGAAGUUCCUCCAGCUCCACCCGUGGCUUCAAAAACACCAGAAAUAAAGUCAGGCCACGACCCGGACUCUGAAGAGGGUUCAGUGACAGAAGAAGACUCAGACAUGGAUGACGAGCCUAUGAUGAUCAGCCCAGUAAGAACAAUAACCUCCUCACCUUGACAUUUAGGCCGUUGAUAUCCUCCGUAUAAGCAUUUGAAACCUCGCCCUGGUUUUCCACUAACUCCUGGCCAGAGGCCCCUAGGUCCAUUGAUCCUUGGUGAUGCUAAAGGAAUAAAGGUUCCUGCUUCCAUCAACACAUACCUUCGGGAGUACCAGC